GAUUCUGACGCACGGCUCUUCACCCUGAGACGACGAGGAAAGCAGCUAUGAGUUUAUCUGCAGCUGUGAGGGGAUUUGUGGCCAUUAUUCUCUCUAUUUCAGUGACACAGGGUCAGACGGACUGGGGGGUGAACUAUGGUCCACCUGAGAUCUGUGCCCUGAAAGGAUCCACAGUGGAGAUACAGAGCACCUUCACAUAUCCUCUCAGAAAGAAUGGACUGAAAACGACAGUGGAGCAGAUGUUCUGGUUCAUACAACGCGAGAACAGUGAACCAGUGGAUCUGAGAACAGACUCGCAGUACGCAGGCCGUGUGCGUUAUGACUGUGGUGACAGGAAGUGUAUUCUGAGCAUCACAGACCUGACAGAGAGGGAUUCAGCUGAGUACAGGUUCAGGUUCAUCACAAACCAUCCAGGUGGGAGUUUUACUGGAAAACCAGGAGUCAAACUGUCUGUCACAGGUCUGAAGGUGCUCCAGAAAAAAACAUCUUCGUGCACAUUAGAGUCCUGCAAAUGGUCAGAGAUGGAGUGCAGCAGCAGUUGUGUCCCUCAACCUUCUUCCUACAUCUGGUACCAAAAUGGGCCGAAAAUUGACAACUCACAAAAAUUAUAUUCAGCAUAUUUUUAUUCUGUGGCCAGUGUUUCCUGUGCUCUGGAAGGCUCUGAGAGUUUUUCUUCUCCCACACUGUGUGUCUUCAGUGGUUCAUGCACUGCGGUGACUUAUGCCAACAGAAGCAUCUGUGCCUUCAGAGGAUCAUCAGUGAGCAUUUCUUGCACAUACAGCAUCAGAGAUGGUGCUGAUGAGCCAGAAUUCUGGUUCCGUCAACGGGGGACGACCACACAGCCUGAAUACGUUCAUAGAGACCCUCGAUACGCAGAUCGAACUCUGCUCAAAAUCAUAAAGACAGAACAAUCCACACUGACCAUCAGGAACUUGACGAAGAGAGAUUCAGGAGAGUAUCGCUUCAAAUUUGGAAAGAAGAGCGACGAGUGGACAAACAGUCUCCCAGGAACGACUCUGACAGUCACAGAUCCAGAUAUCAAGGUGCAGGUGAUCUGGUCUCCCGUUGGUCCAAAGCUGAUCUGUCACAGCAGCUGUUUACGCCCUGGCCCUUCUUCUUUUGUGUGGUACAAGAAUGGAGAGAGAAUCCACAGUGAAACAUCCUUCCUGUAUGGAGGAAUGGUCGAUGGAGCAGACAGACUCUCCUGUGCUUACGAAGGUUACCGCUCUGACCCAGUGUAUGCUCCCACAGUUCCCAAAGUGUUGAUGAGUCACUCUGGUGACGUUAUGAAGGACACUUCAAUCUCUCUGAACUGCAGCAGCGACGCUAAUCCACCGGCUAAAUAUUUCUGGUAUAAGAAGAACCAAAUGCUGGUUCAUGAGGAGGAGCUCCUCUUCAGCUCCAUCCAGCCGUCUGACACUGGAGACUAUCACUGUGAAGCUGAGAAUGAUCUGGGAAGCGUGAAGUCCACAUCUGUCUUCAUCAGUGUGAAAUAUGCUCCUAAACCUCCCUCGGUGUCGGUGAGUCCGUCUGGUGAGAUCGUGGAGGGAAGCUCAGUGACUCUGACCUGCAGCAGUGAUGCUAACCCAGCAGCUAGCUACAGCUGGUACAGGGGGAAGCAAACUCUGUCAGAGGAACAGGACGGCCUUCUUCACUUCAGCUCCAUCAGCGAUAAAGACAGAGGAAACUACUACUGCCAGUCCAAGAACCAACAUGGACAGACCAACUCUACGCUACAAUACUUAGAUGUCCAGUAUGCUCCUAAACCUCCCUCAGUGUCGGUGAGUCCGUCUGGUGAGAUCGUGGAGGGAAGCUCAGUGAAUCUGACCUGCAGCAGUGAUGCUAACCCAGCAGCUAGCUACAGCUGGUACAGGGAGGACGUCUUACCGUUGGCUUCCAGUCAGGUCUUCACCAUCCACGACUUCAGACCUGAAGACACUGGGAGUUAUCACUGUUUAGCUCAGAACAGCAGAGGAAUUCAUAAAUCUGCCCCACAUCUGAUCGUGAUAGCAGGUUCAUGGAAAUCGGCAGCAAUUGGAGCGUCGACUGUCAUCGUCUUGACUCUCGUCGUCCUCGCUGCCUGUCUUUAUGUGAGAAGAUCAAAGAAAUCUACAAAACACAGUAAAAAUGGAGGGACAUCGGCCGAUGCCAACUCCGAUUCGGUAAACAUGAAUCCGGAGCACGACACCCCAUCAGGUGCAGCAGAAAGACAACCAACCGAACCAGACUGUGUCUACAGCACCAUCGGCCCCCAUCAGAGCCAGGCAGACGCUUUGUACUCAAACAUUAGCAGAUUUACCCCGAAAACAGAGAAAGUGGACGAAGAGGCUGAUUUAGAUUACAGUGUUAUCACGUUUGACAGCAUUGCAAGAAACAGAUAUGAAGAAAAUGCAAAUGAAUCGAUCGUGUACAGCACAGUCAACAAAAGGAAGUGACAACUUGACACCAGUUCUCGGUGAAUGUUUGAUUGACAGGAGUUCAUUCUGUGGUUGAUAGUUUAAAAGCAAAAAAUGCAGCUGAAAAAAGGAUUAAAAACAUUUUGAUGCAGAUAAAAUGGGUUCAUGCAAGCUUUGUUUUAAAUGCAUGCAUUGCUUUUUGAGUUGCUUUUGCAGCACACACUUUUUUUUCAGUAUUCAAGUGAACAGGUUUAACAAAUAUAUAGACAAGACUGUGUGCGUGUGCGUGUGCAUGUGCGUGUGCGUGUGCAUGUGUUCCUGUAUUUCUAUUUUUGUGUGGCUUCAAGAAUGAGUUGGACAUGAUGGUGGACAGAUCCAAAAUUGGUUCCACCCUGGCAAAAGAUCACAGUUAAAAUGUUAUUUGUUUUAAUUGAUUUCUCUGUUGUCCACUGUUUUGAUUGAUCCAAACAAUUGUUGUGACGUUUGUGAACACCUUUGAUCAGAUACUGUGAAAAUGCAUCAUUGUUGCAUUUAGGUUCCACAAAAGUUUUGCAUUUGCAUGGCAACACUUUGAAAACAAUGUCUGUACACAGAAACGUGCUGAAAACAAUGUAGGUUUCACGUUGGGCCACUAGAGGGUGCUGUUUGGUUUUGUCAUGAAGUCACACACAUGCGGUAAACAAUACACUGUCACCAUUAACAAUGGGAAGUACAUGGACUUUGUUCAAGUUGAAUUGCUGAUACAGUGAAUCUCAACUGUUAAACUACUAAGUCAAAUUCAAAUUAAACUUCAGUUUUAAUAUUGUUCCCUUUCAGGAUGACUUGUCCUCUCCUCUUUCUG